AUGGCCUCUACGGUUCGCUUGGUGGCCGGCACUCGUGGAGGGGUAGAAAUGGACGGUCAGCCCCAGGAUCUGUGUGGUGUCCUGGGGGAUCUGCGGGGGCAGGUUGGUCAGCAUAAAUCCGGGGUUUCCUGCAGGGAUGGCCAUCAGUUGUCCCUGCUGCCCACCCUGCGGAGGGCCUUGCGGGUGGUUGGGCUGAGCAGCCUGAGGCACAGAGACGAACUGCCCGCCCGUAGGAUAACCAGGAAACAUCAUCCACCGUGAAAAUGGGGUCUUCGCCUAUCCCGUUGUGUUUUUCCGCACCCGAAGAGCUACCCUCUCGUAACCAACCAACCCACUGGAAAAAGAAGGUUUUUGUAGCUUUGGCGUGCAUUCAGCCUUUGUUCGAAGUGAUCUGCCGCCCUUGAGCCCGUGUUGAGACCGCGUUUGUCCUUCCAGCGAUGUCCGGCAAAGGCAAGGGAGGCCGUGGCAAGAAGGCGGGCGGCAAGAACGUAAGGCGACACCACACACCACACGUGCGUGUCGGUGGCGAUGAGAAAACCGCCCAAUCUCUUCUGUUGUCUUCUGUGUGUGGUUUGUGCCGGCAGGUGAGCCGCUCCGCCAAAGCUGGUCUGCAGUUCCCGGUUGGGCGUAUCGCCCGGUACCUGAAGCAGGGCCGCUACGCCAAGCGCGUCGGCAGCGGGGCGCCCGUCUAUCUGGCGGCCGUCCUCGAGUACCUGUGCGCUGAGGUGUUGGAGUUGGCCGGAAAUGCUGCCCGUGACCACAAGAAGGUACGUGCGCACGGUGGUGGGUGGGUGAAUGGGUCAAGACGACCUGUGGGGUGACAAAGGAUGGGUGACGGUGUGUGUGGGGGGGUGUUGUGUUGUGUUCAGAGUCGCAUAGUUCCGCGCCACCUGCAGCUGGCCAUCCGCAACGACGAGGAGUUGAACAAGUACAUGCAGAACGUGACCAUCUCCAUGGGCGGCGUCCUGCCCAACAUACACAACGUUCUCCUUCCCAAGAAGUGAGUGAGAAGUGCAGGACCAACACACGCAUGGACGGAUGGAUGGAUGGAACACGUCUCUGUCUGUUCUCUGUGUUGUGUGUGUGUUGUGUGUGUUCAGGGGCAAGAAGGCCAAGGAGGCUGCGGCCAGCCAGGAGUACUAAUUAACUAACUCACCCCUAGCGGCGCAAACGUAGCAUCUACACACACACACACACAUGCACCUCUUAGUGUGCGUGUGUUGAGGGAGGGAUCUGGAUGCGUGUGGAUGUCUAUCGCUAGCUCAUCUCUGCUGUUCGUUGAGUGCCUGGCCGCCUUGUUUUUCGUUUGUGGCUGGCUGCCUGUCUGUCUGUCUGUCUGGUUGGCUGGGUGACGUGUGUGUGUGGGAGGGGGGGUGCCUUUAUUUUGGGAUAGAAGAUGUCCUUGACCUUCUUACUCGCCUAGCCUGCCUGCCUCCCUGCCUGAGUACCAUGUGCUGAGAGAGAGGCAAACGCAACACGUGUCCAGAGCUGCCCACCCACCCAUCCACCCACAGACACACGCCAUGCUCAUGUGUGUUGCGGACACAGCGAGCCUUCUCUCUCUUUUGCCUUCCCUUGUUUCUCGUGCUAAUUGCAUGUCCGGUGCUUGCCUGUACAUAACCAACCGUACGUAUGGAAUGCAAUUGCUGGGUUUAGACGGACUCGCCUCCCCCCCUCCCCUCCCUCCCUGCUGUGCAGCCAUAUAGACAGACAGACAGUCAGACGCCAUGCGGUCGGUCAUGCACUCGCUGAGUGCCCAUGACAUCCAUCAGCUGGCACACUUUGUGUGAGAGGGUCGGUUGUGCAGUGGAUGCAUGGAUGGAUGGUGCCUAGCUGGUCUGGAUGGAUGGAUGGAUGGAUGGCUGGUACCGAGAGACCCUGAUGGGCUGGCUGUGUGGUUUGUGUGUGCGUGUGUGAGCGAGUGACCGGGUUUAAAUCAAGAACAUGGUAGCAGCCA